GGGUCGAUUUUCCCGAGUUCCCUUAGAAAUCCUUUCGGGAUUUGAUCAAAUAAAUAGCAUUUCAGCACAAAGUUCAUAAUCGAUUUAUUGAUCUCUAACUUUUCCCUUCAUCGCCGAUUCCAUGGCGUUGUGUUGUGAUGUUUUAGAAACCAUUCAACAUCAGCAACAACGCCCAUCAUCAUCAACAGCCUUCCAGUCGGCAGAGCAUCCGCUUGACAGUGCUUGGUGGUGGUCAGCUGAGACCCUGUGAGGCAGCAGCAGGAGCAGCUGUUGAUUUCAGAAGAGUGCUGGAGGAGGAGGAAGAAAAACAGUACAACAUCAGCAGCAGCAGCAGCAGUAGUAGUACUGAUAGAGGGUGAUGCAGCAACAGUAGAAGUAGUAGUACUACUACUUCUAGUGGUGGUGGCAACGUUACUGAGAGAGAGACAGCUUCUCACGGCUGUUUAUGUAUCUUGUCUGCUUUUAUUUAUUGUAACAUUCAUACAAUAAACACAGACACACAUACCUAUACAUACAUACACACACACAUAUACAUAUAUAUAUAUAUAUAUAUAUCAUAUAUAAGCACACGCACACACACGUUUUUUUUUUACCUAUGUGGAGAGGAAAGCUAAUUAACGAGGUGAGAUCUUCCCAGCUUCACUGCGACAGGAGAAGAAAUGAGAAGAGACUUUGAAUAUAUUCCAGAAUAUUUAACUUGGACAUAAUUAUGUGACCCUAACUCUAAUCACCGUUGGAUUGUAACUACUCUAUUCGGAUAUUACCUGUAUAUGAUCCAGCCUUUGCUAGAGGAAUGGCUAUCCUUACUACUUGUGAAAUUUAAAGUCAGAUGUGCCUGGAUUAUCUAAAAACAAUGGAAAGUUACCUUGUACAAGCUCAAGAGGAUUUGGCUCAUCUAUUUGAUUAUAAAACUGUACAUGUUGUUUUGGGAAAUGAAUCAGCUGAUCUGGAUUCUGUGAUUUCAUCUCUAGUUGAAGCAUUUUAUUUGUCUCGAACAAACAAAGCAGAUGAUGUGCUUAUCAUUCCUGUUAUAAAUAUUUGCCGGAGAGAUGUCCAUUUAAGAAAAACACUGCAUCAUGUGUUGAAGCAACAAGGAACUCUCUGUGAUGAUUUGAUCUAUCGAGAUGAUGUUGACCUCCAGAAACUGCAUUUUCAUCAGAAGCUCAAGCUGACUCUUGUCGAUCAAAAUAUUUUGCCUUUAAAGGAUGUUUCCUUGGAAGAUUGUGUCGUUAGUGUUAUUGACCAUCGUCCGAGGGAAAGACCAGAGUCCAGUGGAUGCGAAGUAAACAUAGAACAAGUUGGGUCUUGUUGCACACUCAUUGCAGAACAAAUCUUCAACAGUCACCAACCAAAUACAAUUGAUGAAAAGGUGGCUGCUCUUUUGUUCAGUACCAUUAUUUUUGAUACUAUAAAUAUGAGUAAAGAUGCUAAACGUGGAACUGCAAAAGAUGAAGAAAUAUUGCAGCGCUUGGAAAAUAUUCUACCAAAUUGCAAUCGCUGUGAUGUUUUUGAACAAAUCAAUAUUGUUAGAUAUGAUAUAAGUGGAUUCACAAGUUUGGAUAUUCUAGAGAUGGAUUUGAAAGUUAUAUCCAAAAAUGAUAUCAAUAUUCCAAUGAGUUCAGUAACAGUACCUAUCGAAGAUCUCAUUAAAAGGGAUGACUUUGAAAGCAGUUUGUAUAAAUUAUCAGAAUUACAUGAUGCUAAAGCGCUUGUUAUAUUGUGUAUGGUCAUGUUGAAUAAAGAGAACGUGAAACGAGACCUUGCUGUUUUCUCAACGUUUAAACCAGCACUUGAUAAGAUAGUGGAUGUGUUGUGUAGUAGCAGUGAGCCAUCUUUGCAACUUGAAAGAAUUCCUUAUGAAUCAACCAAUUUAACAAUAUUUUCACAAAAGAAUAUCGUAAUUGCUCGUAAAAAAGUGCUUCCAAUACUAAAAUCUCUUAUCUCUAAUGAAGAUUUUUCUAGGCUCUUUGAGAAUCCAGACCAAAUCAAUGGUGCUAGACAGGAUGGUGAAUUGGCAUCUGGUGGCAUUGCAGGUGUUAUUGAAGAUAAUAUGAAGCAUGGGAAUAAAUAUAGUGACAGUGCAUCAUCAUUAAGUGGUACUUCUAUGAGUGGUACUGAUACAUCCACCGAAAUGUAUGAGACCUUCAGUCCGACUACAAAUAUCGAUCAAUCUGCCAUGCAAAUUGAUAAUGCUGUUUUCGUAUCUAAAAUGCAAACAAAACCUGAUGCUGCUGACCAUAAUAAUUCUCACAUUGUGUUAGCAAAUGUUGAUAAUUCACUCAAUGACAGUGAAUACAAUUCCACAGUUGAUAACAUGCAUUUCUUAAAUAAGCAACAUAAUGUUGACAAUAUGGUUUGUAUGACAAGUGACCAACCUCUUAUUACUGUUGGUACCGAGAAGGUAAUAGUGCAUCCUGAAGCAUCUUCUGGUAUUGCAAGUCCAAUGGAGAUUGUAUCAGAUCAAACUUCAGAACAAGGCUCAAGUUAUCCUGUAACACCACCAAAUAGCUUCAUGGACUCUAAUUUUGGAAGUUAUAUGAAAGAUUAUCAUUUACCCAGUUUCAAUAGUGCUGAGAUGGUAAAAAGAAUCAAUGAUAAAAAGGCUUCUCUUCAUCCUUAUGAAGAUCUAGAAGUUUGUGGAAGCAACAACAAGAAUCCUUCAUCAAAUUUUCCCUACACACCUCAGAACAGCUUUGUUGAAAGUGAAUUUGAUAGUAGUUUUGCUAAAUCAAUAACUCCUGACAGUAUUGAAGAUAUUUUAGGGAAAAUUGACGAGGCAAAUAAUCAUUCGAGAGCUGCUAUCAACCCUGAUUAUGCAAAGCGGUCCAACGGAGAAAACAUUGGUUUUCAUUGUUGUUCUGAUUUUGAAACUGAAACAGUUAGUGAACCUAUAGAUACGAACAAUAUUGUGGAUGUUGCUUAUUCCUUGGCAAAUGAAAUCAUUCAGAACUCGCUGGAAACUUAUCCUUGUGAAGAUAAAUUAAAUGAAAGUCUAGAGGGGGAGGAAAAGCGAUUAACUCCCCUUGUUAAAUCUCGGAGUGAAGGUACAACUAUCGAUUUGUCAAUCAAAAGUGAAUGUCCGAAAUCCCAAAGUGAUGUUAUAAAUUUGUCAAACGUCCUUGAAACAGACUAUGCCAGACAGUUUGAUCCAUUCAAUGGUAGAAUGGAAUAUUCUCAUUUCUCCUUAGAUUAUGCUGAUUACAUGGCAAAAAGAGGAGUUGCAGAAAGUGCUUCGAAAAUCAGUUGGGGCUCAUACUCUGAUGAUAUUACAGUGAGUUCAGAGAGCACGAAAUCCGAGGAAGGAGUUCACGUGAAAAAAUCUGAAUCUUGUGACAGUAAAACUAAAAUUGUCAUCGAUAGUAAAAUCAAAAGCUCCAAUUCAUUACCUGAAGUAUCAUUACAAAGUUUCCCUAAAAUCAUUAAACCACCUGAAAGUAUUCUAAGCAGUAUUGAUGACAACCUUUCUGAUUUGACGACUGUAUCCCCUACGAAAAGUAAUCUUGCUCAUGAUAUUUCAAACAGUGAUAUGGAAGGGGAAUUAGCCGUUGAAGAAGAUUCUGAUCUCGAAGACGGGGAGAAAGAUUUUGCUGCCCAAUUAAGGGAAAAAUUAACGCAAAUUGGGAAUAACAGUGAGUUGAAUUUUCCUGGGUUCCAGCAGGAAGGUAUUUUUUCUCCAGAAGAAUUAAAAUCUGGAAUCAAGAGAAUGAGUAAUUUAAAAACCUCUGAUUUCAAUCAAAUUGCUAAUUUCUCUGCUGAAGAUUUACGUGAGAAACUGGAAAAGAUUGCACUUGAUGAAAAUGGUGCUGUGGGUGGGUUGCGAGACUUUAAUGCAUAUGACAGUGAUUCCGAUUCAGAAACUAGUUUAACUACUUUAGAAGGCAACCUGCAUGCAAAUGAAUCUGCUAGUCUUUCUCCAAGACCUUUAAGUAGUGGGUUGAUGGAAAUUAUUGAGGAAAAUGAAGAAGAUGAUGAUGAUGAAGAGAAUUGUGAAGAAGUUGUUUCAAAAGUUUCUGAAUCUUUAAAGUCAUUCCAAAAUGAGAACAUAUCACUAUUUAAUAAAACGCCUUUGCAAGACAAUGCUCUAAGUUCUCAUGAAAAUAUAGAGGCUUCUCUGCAAUGUGAAAGUAAUGUUGGGACAAGUAAUGAAAGUAAAGUUAAACCAGAACCAGUAGUUCUUCGGAGACAUGGAAACAACAAAGAAGUAUUUCAUACAACAGCCGGAAGGAUUAGUAUUUCUAUCGACAGUACAGCAGGGGAUCCUUCUUCAUCAGUAAACACUGACCGAGAAAGCACAGAAGAAAUUGGUAUUUUGGAUUACAAACAGACACAUCGUGAGGUAGGAGAAAUCUUGGCUCGGGUUAAAAGCGCCAUUAUGCGUGCAGAUGCUGAGCUUAUGUUGUCGUCGUCUUCGUCCUUAUGUACUGGUGUGGAUGCUUGCUUGCAGUCGGACAACAAGGUUCGAGCUGAAGGACUUCAUCAAGUACAACACAAGAAUGCUUCAUCAUCCAAGUUACAACAGUGUGUUGAUCAUCCAUUAGCAGAAACUACAGACGAUAUGAAACCUUUCCAAAACUCUGAAAACAAUUGGCACAAUGAAGACGUCUUUAUUGCCUCCGACUUAUCAACUGCCAUGGAGGAUAAUGCCAAAGUGAAGAACAACCCUCAAACUGUUUCAUCACAUGAAAAUACGAUGUCCCAUCAUGCAAAUGAAAACAAUAUUGCAAUAAAUGAUGAAGAAACCCGACCUGUGCGACCGUCCACUCUCCAAACAAUUCGUCCCAAGAAGAAAAUCAAACCAAAUGUGGAAUUAUUUGAUGAUGAAGAUGUUGAAGCUGACAAUUGCACUCCACCAGUUGACUGUAUGUUGGGGGAUAUAGAUGACCUCCAAACUCCAGAAGAUUUGGAUACUCCUGAAGAAAUUGAUCCAGAAGGCUUGGAAGUUGACUGGGAAAGUGAAACUCCAUUAGAGUCUCCCAAUACCAUUCCUGAAUACACUGCUGAACAAGAAAAUGCUGAUUCAAAACACUGGAAAUCAAUUGUAAUUGGAGAAAAGCAUUUCCGUAUUGAUAUGAAAGUAGUGGAACCUUACAAGAAAAUAUUAUCUCAUGGAGGUUAUAUGGGUGAAGAUCUCAAUGCAAUCAUUGUUUUCUCUGGUUGUUUCCUUCCGGAUCGAGGACGAAAAGAUUACAACUAUGUUAUGGAUAAUCUUUUCUUAUACGUAACAAGUACUUUAGAGCAACUCGUGGCUGAGGAUUAUAUGAUUGUGUUCUUUCAUGGUGCCACACCUCGCCGACAGAUGCCUGGCUUCAGCUGGCUGAAGCGAUGCUACCAAAUGAUUGAUCAUAGAUUAAAGAAAAAUUUGAAAGCUUUGCUCUUGGUCCAUCCUACUUUAUGGUUAAAGACUAUUGUUAUGAUGACUCGACCAUUUAUAAGUUCAAAAUUCUACUCAAAACUCCAUUAUGUGAAAACUCUGGAAGAAUUAUCUAAAAUGGUUCCAAUGGAACAUAUUUAUGUGCCUGAUCAAGUGAAAUUGUAUGAUGAACACUACUCCAGUUACCACUCCAAUUCUACACCUUCUACCCCCUCCUCACCCACCACAUUCUUAGCACCAAGAUGAUUAACAGAUUGGACAGAUUGAUGAAACUCAACCCUAAAACUGUUUGUCAAGAACGCUCACAGAAGAACAGUUUCUUUCCUGAUAUUCCAGCAAAUUCCAGCUCAAAUAACUAGUUCUGCUGAUAACAGCCCACAACAAACAUUACGAAUAGUCUCCACCAGUAUUGCAGCAUUGUAUCCUUGCUGCCAUUUUUAAUCCCACCAAAGCUGCUGCUGCUGCUAAACCAAAAUGGACAACCGAAUUUCUCGUGCAGCUUCACUGCUGCAUCAACAGCACCCAGCUGGCCUCAAUGAAGUAUCACAGCCUCCGUAGCAACAAUGUUAUUAUCAACAACAACUUUAGCUGGUUCCCACCUUUUCAACAGCUUCUCUUUGUAUGUCGAAAGAAAAACCAAAAAAAGUCAGCUAGCUUUUCUAGUCAUUUCCACUGAUAAGAAGAUAUUUUCACCUACCUUCUUCUUCACACCACAAUAAUAAUAAUAAUAAUAACUAUUUCUGCUGUUUCUUUGAACACUUGUUACUUUCCUACAACAGUUUGGUUCAAGGACCACUUCCCUUUGGACACAACUGAGCUUUCUAUUGCAAAAGUCAACUGAUUCUUAGUUUCUGACAUUUUCUCUUUCUAGUAAUUAAAAUGUCAGGACAAAAUAUCACAAAAACUGUCAUGCAAAUGGGUUUUUAUUAUUAUUAUUAUUAUUAUUAUUAUUGUUAUUAUUAUGAUUGAUUUUUAACUUUAACUGAGUUUCUUCCCAUCACUCCUGAACCAUUUCAGCAGAUCUCCUGGAUAUUAAUUGUUCUUCUGAAUUCCAAUAAAUUCUGUAGCAGGAACUUAAAAGAUUCACAAAGUCAUUUGAAUGGCAGAAAUUCCUCUAAGCUAAGUGACUCAGAGACUUGUUUUCUUUUUUUUAACAUUAGGAAAAUGUUUGAUCAUAAAUUUCUGUUUUUAAGUAUUCAGCUUUGAUGAAUAUAAGUGAUUUGGUCAAAUUAAUUUCUAAACAAUAACUGAAGAAAAAACAAUGAGUUUUUUGGGGUUUUUUUUUUUCCAUUCAACAGCUUUCUUCAGCUUGAUUUCAGAUUGCCAAAUAGAAGGCAGAUUUAUAUAUAUAAAUGUCUGUUAAAGCUUUUCACAGACUUUACUGCUACCAAAGAAAUUAUGCAGCAUUUCAACAAACAAUUUGCAUAACAAACAUCAUGAGAUUUGCUUCUUUCUUUUUUUUUGUAAAAGAAAUUCUUAUAAAGUUGACUAAUUUCUAGGAUGGGAUAUUUUGAUGCCACAAACUUGAAUAACCCUUAUUUACAAAUGUAAAACUAUUUAUGUGAAUUACGUUAAAUAAAAAAGGGGACCAAAAUAAUUAA